AUGGCGUCGAAGCUUCUUACUACCUUCUUCCUCCUAUUUUGCUUUCUCGAUCUCGUCUCACAUUCCGAUGCUUCUGUAAUCUCCUCCGCCGUGGAAGUCCUCUCCGAUUCCGGCUUGUUCUCCAUGGGGCUCACUCUACAGCUCGCGAAUAAAGAUCUGGGCCUAGAAGAGUGGCAAGAACUCACCAUCUUCGCGCCUUGCGAUCAAGCUUUCAAGGAAUUUGGACAACCUUCGCUUCUCGAUAUCAAGUACGAGCUCUCUCCGGCGAGGCUCCCUGGAGAAACCCUAAGGAACCUUCCUCGUGGCGCGAAAAUCCCUACCAUGAGAUCUAAUUCCUCUCUGAUCGUCACGAAUUCAUCGCGAUCCGGAGGUACUUUUUCGAUCGACGACGUCGUGGUCCAAGAUUCUCCUGUUUUUGACGACGGCUACGUCGUGAUUUACGUAGCCGGCGGGUUUUUCACAGCACCGAUCUCAGAACCGAGCCUUAAUUCAUCAUCGUCUUCUUCAAUCGCAAACCCUAUCUCAUCUCCUGCAACUAUUGAUUCGAUUCCUAUCCCUAGCUCAGCGACUCGUACUGCUCCGAGCCCUGAUUUCUCCGAAUCCACUAAAAAUCUUCCCAACAGAUCUAAACCAGCGAAUUGCUUCAACAUCUUCGAAUCCGCUUCGAGUUUGCUAUUCUCCAGAGGUUUCGUGAUAAUGGCCACGUUUCUCGCUCUACAGCUCGAAAUAUCAGGGAACGACACGAAGCUCACAGUCUUCGCUCCCAUCGACGAAGCGAUUCCAAACUCCAUCAACAAAUUCUCCGAUUACGCCACUAUUUUCCGAGGGCAUGUGAUCCGGCAACUACUUUCUUGGAAAGAUCUCCAGAAACUGGCGUGGGAAGGAUCGAUCCUGCAAACUGCUCUAAAAGGGUAUGAAAUCGAGUUCUCUUGGUCAGGUGAUAUCCUUCUUCUCAAUGGAGUCCCACUCAUCUACCCAGAUCUGUAUGCCAACGAAUGGGUUUCUGUUCAUGGAGUUAACCAAAUGAUCGCACCGCAAGCACUUCAGCCUAAACUGGGAGAUUCUAUCUCAGAGCUAAACGGUGGAGAAGAAGAAGGAGAUGAUGUUCAUGAAGAGUACUCUUCCGAGUAUGGUCUCCACUGA